AUGUCUGACCCUCGCUUUGCCCGCUUCAAGACUGACCCUCGCUUCCGGCGCAUCAAAAAGGACGAGGGCAAGGUCGUCGUAGACGAGCGGUUCAAGGGCGUCUUUGACGCGGACAAAAAGAAAAAGAAGGGAAAGAAGGACAAAGUGCUCAAUCAGAUCCCUUCUCAAGACCGGGUCGACAAGUACGGAAGACCACUAGCAGACACGCAUGAGCAGGACAAUCUACGUCGCUUCUAUCGCCUCGAAGACGAAGACAAAUCACAGCCGGAGGCUACUACUGGUCCGGACUAUGCACGAGGCGCGGUACUCCUCGAGUCUUCCGACGAGGAAGAUGACCGUGAGCCUGCCUCUGAGGACGACGAGAGCGAUGCGGCAAGCCAUAUUGUCCUUGGCCGCGAUAUCUCCAAGCCUAUCCCGGUUCCGGAUGACGAAGCCGAAAUUGACUUGGACGAGGAUGCAUUCGCCGAGCUCGACGCACAGGCUGCCGCGUAUGCCAAAGAGAACCCCGAGGUGGACGGUAACGGAGCUGACGAAGGGCAGCGCACACGCAGGCUUGCUGUCGUGAACCUCGACUGGGAGCAUGUACGCGCUAUACAUCUCUAUAAGAUAUUUUCUUCGCUUGUGUCGCCGACCGCUCCGCCGCUCGCGCCGAGACCUGCGGAAGACACCGCCAAGGAUGCGAGGAAAGGGAGGGCGAAAGGCUCCGCUGCCCGCGUCGUCCGGGGCAAGGUCCUCAGCGUGCGUGUCUACCCGAGCGAGUUCGGUAAGGAGCGCAUGGCAAGGGAAGAGAAGGAGGGACCACCCCCGGAGGUGUUCAAGAAGAAGACGAUCGAGAACGAGGACGACAUCAACGAGCGCACCAUCUUCGAGGUCGGGGAUGGGGAGGAUUACGACGAAGACGCGCUGAGGAAGUAUCAGUUAGAGCGGUUACGAUAUUACUAUGCCAUUGUCGACUGCGACAGCGUGGAAGCUGCAUCACAUAUCUACUCCGAGCUGGAAGGCACAGAGCUCGAGCGGUCCGCAAACGUCUUCGACUUAAGCUUCGUUCCAGAAGACAUGACAUUUGACCAGGAUUGCCGUGACGAGGCCGUGGAGGACUACGGUGCUACCUACAAAGCCCUUGACUUCAGAACAGAUGCACUCCGGCAUUCGAAAGUGAAGCUGACAUGGGACGAGGACGACCCGCAGCGCGUGCAACUCACGCGCCGCGCCCUAUCCCGAAAAGAGCUGGACGAGAACGACUUCAAGGCGUAUCUUGCAUCCUCGACCUCCGGCUCCGAGGACGAAGAUGAGCGCGGGCCCCGCAAAGGCGCGGACGCAAAGGCAGCGUCCCGUGACAAGCUGCGCGCACUGCUCCUCGGCGGCGGCGACGACCUCCCGGAGGGCUGGGGCCAGAGCAGGGGCGAAGAUGACGGGGACGACAUCGACAUGGAGAUCACGUUCACGCCGGGGCUGAGCAACGCGAACGAGGGGCGCGAGGAGACGACGCUCGAGAAGUACCAGCGGAAGAUGAAGGAGAAGAAGAAGAAGCGGAAGGGGGAGGUCAAGGAGCGGGAUGCGGACGAGCAGGCGGACAAGGAGACUGGUGCUCGCGACGAUUUCUUUGCGGGGGGGAGCGAAGAUGAGGGCGCGGAGUCCGGUCAGCACGGGGAGGGGGAGAAGGAAGACCGGCACAUCUCGACUGCGGAGGAGCUGGCGCUGUUGGCCGCGUCUGACAACGUCGACGGCGAGGCCAGACACUUCAAUAUGAAGGCCGUCCUGAAGGCGGAGAAGAAGCAGAAACUAAAGAAGAAGAGAGGGAAGAAAGCCGCGCUGGAGGAGGAGAAUGAGCUACAGGAGGACUUCAACAUCGAUCUCAAGGACGACCGAUUCAAGGCCGUGCACGACGAUUAUGCGUUUGCUAUUGACCCCAGCAAUCCGAGAUUCAAAAAAACGAAGAGCAUGGCAGCUCUUCUGGGAGAGCGCUCGAAGAGACAGAAGGAGAAGACGGAUGCCGAUGUCCCUGUUACUGCGAAGCGUCAGGACGCGGCAGGCAAAGACAGUCUGAAGAGCCUUGUAGAGAGCGUCAAGCGCAAGAGUGCUGCAGCAGAACAACAACCUGGCAAGCGGAGGAAAACGUAG